GGAAGGGCCCAGACCAGCCCCAGGAAUCAUUCAUUCCCCUCCAGGCUUUGCUUGUCACUUUCCUAUUUUGAACAUCAGGCCCUUGAAGACUUUCAACUGAACACUCAGGAUAUGGUCCCUCUGGUGUUGAGAGACCAACAAUCUUGUGAAUUAUGAAUAGCAACGUAUCCCAGCUGGAUAAUGAAACAAUACUGAUGCUUGAGAACCCAAUCAUUGCUGUGGCCCUCCCAAUCGUGUACUCGCUGGUAGCCUUAAUCAGCAUCCCUGGGAAUCUCUUUUCCCUCUGGGUGCUGUCCUGCCACACCAAACCCAAAUCACCUUCGGUCAUCUUUAUGAUCAACCUUUGCAUUACCGACCUCAUGCUGGCUGUAGCCCUCCCUUUUCAGAUCUUCUAUCACCUGAACAGUAACAACUGGCCCUUUGGGAAGUUCCUCUGUAACCUGGUGACAGUUGUCUUCUAUACCAACAUGUACUCCUCCAUACUGACCAUGACCUGCAUCAGUGUAGAGCGGUUCCUGGGGGUUGUGUACCCCUUGACUUCUACCAGGUGGAGAAGGAAGAGAUAUGCGGUGUUGGCUUGUGUAGGCAUAUGGUUCCUUUUGCUACUCGCCCUGUCUCCAAUGGCUAUCACAGACCUGACCUAUGAAGUGAAAGCCCUGGGGAUCAUCACCUGCUUCGACGUCCUCAAGUGGAAUAUGCUGCCUAGCCUUGCGGUCUGGGCCAUCUUCCUCUUCACACUGUUCAUUUUUCUCUUCCUUAUUCCCUUCAUCGUAACUGUAGCCUGCUACAUCGCCACCAUCCUGAAGCUGAUCCGGACUUCUGGAAGGUAUGGGAAUGGGCAGAAGAGUCGAUCCAUCUGUCUCGCUGGCAUUGUCCUCCUUGCCUUUGUCACCUGUUUUGCUCCUAACAACUUCAUACUCUUAGUGCACAUGGUCAGCCGCUUGUAUUUCAACAAGAGCUACUACCACAUCUAUAAACUCACCCUCUGUCUCAGCUGUCUCAACAACUGCUUGGACCCCUUCAUUUACUACUUUGCCUCCAAAGAGUUUCAUCAGAAAUUAAGGAAGUUCCUAGGAAAAAAUUCACUCUUCAGCGAUAGCUCAGAGGCCAGAAGGGAAAGUCUGUUCUCUGCCCGGACACUGUCAGGCAGAUCAAUGUCAAGCGGACAGGGGGAAGGGUCAUCUGCAGGCAGCCGGGCCUGUUUGAAAAGGCAGGAAAGCUUGUUUUAAGGGAGCCAUGUGAGCCAAAAAGGCAACGCUGGUGCCCAUGAGAGGUGAGUGCAAAGGAAUUAAGGUCAAAAACUCAUCUUUUUCAGGUCUGAAAAAGGUUUGAGG